AUGCGUCCCCAUCGUCUCCUUGCAUCACGUACAAGAAUGGCGAACGACUAUGCCCCAACUUCAACGGGUUCUCCUAGUAACCGAGUGAACAACUGCCAAAUAUCAGGGCCCCAAAACAAUGAAAACGUAUGCCUGCCUCAUGAGCCAUCGGUUGAACAUUCAUUAGCAUCCUCCUCUUCCUUUGCCGUCAACUCAAGAACCCAUGCCAAUUUGAAUUCCACCUCAUCUCCUGCAAGAAGGACAUCUUCUCUGGGUAACUAUGAGCGACCCAACCACUCAUAUGCUUUAUCGCCCUCUUCUUCUCCCCAACUUCCUCCUAUUUCGGCAAACGGAAGAGUAACCGCUGGAAAUCAUCGAGUAGAAAACUUUCAAUUACGAUUGGAUGACACAGUAAGUUGUCGAAGAAGAGGGGAACUAAAUGUUGGAGUAGAAACAGGUGACAUAAUUUCUGAGCUUCCAGAGCCUGAGGACCGAACGAGUUCGACUCAAUGCCAAUCUGAAAGCCAGGUGGGUACUUUGUAA